AUGCAGAGCUUGUUCCGCAUGUUCUUGGAGGGCUCUCUCCGAGAUGGGGAGGUUUGGGUCGCUGGCUUCGACAAUCGCAUCGAAGCAGCAGCACUUUGGACAGAGCCAGGGAAGGAUGCCAUCAUAUCGAUGCACGAGAACUAUCAAGCACUACUCUCUGACGAGAUGAAGGACUGGCUGAAGUUUCAUCUCAUCCCUAAAUACAAGGAAUUGUAUAAUACAUCUUUUUCCGCGGGAGAGAGCACACGAAUGCAAGCAUGGCACCUCAACCUAGUUGCGGUCGACCCACAACACUACCGACGAGGACUUGGAAGAGCACUCCCGUGCAUAUACUCACAUUAUCCGGUACAGGCGGAUCGUAACCAUCAGACAAUGACGGCCGACGUACCCACACUCCAUUCGGUCUAUUUCUUCCAGAGUCUUGGAUUCAAGUAUAAGGGUGUAAAGAAUUUUAUUCGUCACAUGACUGGUAAAAGUCGCGUUCAACUUUUGGCCACGACACUCGUCGAGCAAAGUGUUCAGUAUUUCAGUGGCCAGUUCUAUCAGGAAUCGCUCAGCCGAAAGACGAGGAAAUUGCAGUUCUGGACUUACUGCGAUCCCAGAAUCACCAAUUGGCAGAGAAUUGCGAAGCGAUCCCGAGUCAAUUACAACAUCAAGAAUAUGCCAGUCGCUUCCCUUCAAGCUUCACGGUUCAAAUUUGAAGCUUUCCUUGACAUGUCCGGGAUCGUUGCGGACUGGCAUCCGUUAAAUUUGACAUCUUAA